CACUGUACAGUCGUACAGAGAUAGGCAAAUAGAGUUAUCAUCACAAAACGGGGCCUUCAAAACUAAGAACUAAGCUUUGGCUAUGGCUUCCGUACUAAACACUGUCUACUCAAUAAGCUUAUCGUCCAACCCGCUUCGAAAUCCACAGCUUUCUGCCCCGCCAGUUUCUCUUUCUUUCAGCAGACGGAGGCUUGUGGUGAAAGCUACAGAAACAGAUACAGACGAAGUGAGAGCAAAGGCACCAGAUAAGGCGCCGGUUGAGAGUGGCUCAGGCAUUAAUCAGAUUCUUGGUAUCAAAGGAGCUAAACAAGAAACCGAUAAGUGGAAAAUCCGGGUUCAACUUACAAAGCCUGUUACAUGGCCGCCUCUUGUGUGGGGUGUGGUUUGUGGAGCUGCUGCAUCUGGGAACUUCCACUGGACAUUAGAAGAUGUAGCUAAAUCAAUUGUUUGUAUGCUUCUGUCUGGCCCCUUUCUAACUGGCUACACUCAGACAAUGAAUGAUUGGUAUGAUAGAGAGAUUGAUGCCAUUAAUGAGCCUUAUCGUCCUAUUCCUUCAGGAGCGAUAUCUGAGGAUGAGGUGAUUACGCAAAUCUGGGUGCUGCUUCUUGGAGGUCUCGGUUUGGCUGGUUUAUUAGAUGUGUGGGCAGGGCAUAAUUUCCCAGUGAUAUUUUACCUCGCUGUCGGUGGAUCCUUGUUAUCGUACAUCUACUCAGCUCCACCACUUAAGCUUAAACAGAAUGGAUGGAUUGGCAAUUUUGCCUUGGGAGCAAGCUAUAUUAGUUUACCUUGGUGGGCUGGUCAAGCUCUGUUUGGGACCCUUACGCCCGACGUUAUAGUUCUAACACUGCUGUACAGCAUUGCUGGGCUUGGCAUUGCAAUUGUAAAUGACUUCAAAAGCAUUGAAGGAGAUAGGAAAAUGGGGCUACAGUCACUUCCUGUAGCUUUUGGCACUGAAACUGCUAAAUGGAUCUGCGUUGGUGCCAUCGACAUAACUCAGUUAUCUGUUGCAGGCUAUCUUCUAGCUUCUGGCAAACCAUAUUAUGCUUUGGCACUUCUAGGCUUAAUCGCCCCACAAAUCUUUUUCCAGUUCAAGUACUUCCUCAAAGACCCGGUUAAAAAUGAUGUUAAAUAUCAGGCAAGUGCGCAACCAUUUCUUAUACUUGGACUAUUGGUAACUGCUUUGGCAACUAGCCAUUAAUCCUCAUGGCGGACUUGAUAUAAGAAAUAUUGGAAAUCAGAUUGCACCUGGAAGACAGAGAAGUUUAUGGUUUUAUCACCGAAGAAGACUUUAAUGCUGAUUUUCAUAGCUUCUGCCUAGCUCCCAGCCUGUUGUACGUAAAUUUUCUUUACUGCUUAACAUGUUUUUUUGAUAUUUAUGCUUCAUUUUCGGUUUCGUCACAAUUUUCUGAUAUCCCCUUGUAUUGUUUUAUAGUUUACAUUGUUAAAUUAGAAAAUUUGUAUUACAACAAAUUCAUUCUCUCCUUUUCCCA